AUGCUCAAACGAGUAUUUACCACAACAGCUGCAAUUGCCAUGAUGACAACUUCCACUAUUCACACUGCACCUGUGUAUGCACAAGGCAACAGCAACAAAGAUCACCACGAUGGCAACAAAUUCAAGAAUCCAUGGCCAUCUUACACUCAAUUUUCAUAUACUGCUCUGCCGAAAUUGUUUUGGACCAUGAACCUCAGUGGCACUGAAAAGAAGAUUCGGCCUACCGAUUUACCUCAGAAAGUAGAUAUCAACUGGGAUCUGAUUAAGAAGAACAGCGAUGAAAAGCUGAAUGGCGAUAUUACAGCCACCUGGAUGGGCCAUGCUUGUGUCUUGUUGCAGCUCAGAGGCUUCAAUGUUCUCUUUGACCCCAUCUUUUCGGAUAGAUGCUCACCUAUUCAGUUUGGAGGGCCCAAACGCUAUACGGAGCCGCCAUGCAAGCUCUCUGAAUUGCCUCCCAUUGAUGCUGUAGUCAUUUCACAUAAUCACUAUGACCACAUGGACUUCAAUACCAUCAAACAAUUAGACACAUUGUAUCCCAACUGCAAAUUUUACGUUCCUUUGGGCAACAAAAAGUGGUUCUCCUUGACCAACAAGGUAGACAGUGCAGGCAACGAUCGUGUUAUCGAGUUGGAUUGGUGGGAUAAUGUGCAUAUUGUCAAGGACAAGACUCAGGAACAGAUUAGAUUGACCUGCACUCCAGCUCAACAUCAGUCUGGUAGAACGCCAUUUGACAAGGACAAGACAUUGUGGUCUUCCUGGAGUGUGGAGGCCUUGGACAAGGAGGGAGGGGCAACACAUGGCAAAGUGUUCUUUGGAGGUGAUACAGGCUAUCGUGGGAUUCCUCUCAAUACCAAGCCUGAAUCAGAGUACAAUUACGAAUAUCUGGAUACAUUACCUCACUGCCCUGCAUUCAAAGAAAUUGGCGAUAGAAUUGGCCCCUUUGAUUUGGCACUGAUCCCAAUUGGCGCCUAUUCUCCCAGAUGGUUCAUGUCGCCAUUCCACUGUUCCCCUGAGGAUGCUGUAGAUGUACAUAGAGAUAUCAAGAGUAAACAAUCUAUUGCCAUCCACUGGGGCACUUUUGUGUUGACGGAUGAACCUGUGCAGGAUCCUCCUCAGCGAUUGGAAGCUGCAAUGAAACAACGUGGGCUCAAUGCAGACGACUUUGGUGUUCUCCCAUUGGGUGGCAGUUUUACCACAACAGCCAAAUCGACCACUGCCUUGCUCUGA